AAGUCCGCUCUUUCCAGCCUCUGUGUGGAAGUGUGUUCUUCUCUCCCGGAAGUGGUCCCUCCAAGAGGUGUGUGGCUGGGUUUUCUUUCCCUCUUCAGGGGCACCUUGUGCCAUGGCGGAGUGCUCGGGCCUGCUGUUUGUCAGCCCUUAUGCUUUCGAAGCCAUGCAAAAGGUGGAUGUGGUGCACUUGGCUGCCUUGAGCGAUCCGGAGCUGCGCCUGUUGCUGCCCUGCUUGGUGCGGAUGGCCUUGUGCGCCCCGGCUGACCAGAGCCAGAGCUGGGCUCAGGACAAGAAGCUGAUCCUCCGCCUGCUGUCCGGAGUGGAAGCUGUGAACUCCAUUGUCGCCUUGCUGUCUGUGGACUUCCACGCUCUGGAGCAAGACGCCAACAAAGAGCAGCAGUUGAGGCACAAACUCGGCGGAGGGAGUGGCGAGAGCAUCUUGGUCUCCCAGUUGCAGCAUGGGUUGGCACUGGAGUUUGAGCACAGCGAUUCCCCCCGGCGGCUCCGUCUCGUGCUUAGCGAAUUGCUCGCCAUUAUGAACAAGGUGUCAGACUCCAAUGGGGAGUUUUUUUUCAAGUCACCCGAACUGUUUGAGAGCCCGGUUUACUUGGAAGAAGCCGCUGACGUGCUUUGCAUCCUGCAGGCAGAGCUUCCUUCGCUGUUACCAAUUGUGGAUGUAGCUGAAGCUUUGCUCCACAUGAAGAACGGGGCUUGGUUCCUCUGUCUCUUAGUGGCCAACGUUCCUGACAGCUUCAAUGAAGUCUGCAGGGGCUUGAUCAAGAAUGGCGAACGGCAAGACGAGGAAAGUUUUGGAGGCCGCAGGAGGACUGAGGCUCUCCGGCAUCUUUGUAAAAUGAACCCCUCCCAGGCAUUGAGGGUCCGCGGCAUGGUGGUGGAGGAAUGCCACUUACCAGGGCUUGGAGUGGCUUUGACCCUGGAUCACACCAAGAACGAGUCUUCGGAGGAUGGCGUCAGUGAUCUUGUCUGCUUUGUGAGCGGGUUGCUGCUAGGGACCAAUGCCAAGGUCCGGACUUGGUUUGGGACUUUUAUCCGGAACGGUCAGCAGAGGAAGAGGGAAAACAUCAGCUCCGUGCUUUGGCAGAUGAGGAGGCAGCUGCUCCUGGAGCUGAUGGGGAUCCUGCCCACCGUCCGCAGCAUGCGCAUGACGGAGGAAGCCGAGGGCGACACGGGCCCGAAUGUCUCUGUGUAUUCGGGGCUGAAGGAAGAGCAUGUUGUCAAGGCCAGCGCACUCCUGCGCCUCUAUUGCGCUCUUAUGGGGAUCGCCGGCUUGAAGCCGACAGAUGAGGAAGCCGAGCAGUUGCUUCAGCUCAUGACCAGCCGCCCUCCGGCAACCCCAGCCGGCGUCCGCUUUGUCUCGCUCUCCUUCUGCAUGCUGCUGGCCUUCUCCACACUUGUCAGCACCCCAGAACAGGAACAGUUGAUGGUGAUGUGGCUGAGCUGGAUGAUCAAAGAAGAAGCCUAUUUUGAAAGCACUUCCGGGGUGUCGGCUUCCUUUGGGGAGAUGCUCCUCUUGGUGGCCAUGUAUUUCCACAGCAACCAGCUCAGCGCCAUCAUUGACUUGGUUUGUUCGACUCUGGGAAUGAAGAUUGUCAUUAAGCCUAGUUCUCUGAGUCGCAUGAAAACCAUCUUCACGCAAGAAAUUUUCACGGAACAGGUGGUCACGGCCCAUGCGGUCCGGGUGGCCGUCACCAGCAACUUGAGCGCCAACAUCACGGGAUUCCUGCCCAUCCACUGCAUUUACCAGCUUCUCAGGAGCCGGUCGUUCACCAAACACAAAGUCUCCAUCAAGGACUGGAUUUAUCGGCAGUUGUGCGAAACCACCACGCCACUCCAUCCGCAGCUGCUGCCGCUCAUUGACGUCUACAUCAACUCCGUCCUCACGCCGGCCUCCAAAUCCAACCCAGAGGCCACCAACCAGCCUAUCACAGAGCAGGAAAUCCUGAAUGUUUUUGAAGGAUUAAUGGGGGGAGGAGAGAAUGCGCGCCUGAGCCAGCGUUACGGCAUCACAGCCCAGCUUCUGGUCCUGUAUUAUGUCCUGUCUUACGAAGAAGCCAUCCUGGCCAGUUCGAAGUCUCUGGCUGCCAUGCAGAGGAAACCCAAGUCUUACUCUCCGGCCUUGAUGGAUCAGAUCCCGAUCAAAUACCUGAUCCGACAGGCUCAGGGACUCCAGCAGGAAUUGGGAGGCUUGCACUCGGCGCUGCUGCGUCUCCUGGCCACCAACUACCCUCACCUCUGCAUUGUGGACGACUGGAUCUGCGAGGAGCACAUCACGGGCACCGACGCCUUGCUGCGCAGGAUGCUUCUGACCCACGCUGCCAAAAAACACUCUCCCAAGCAGCUUCAGGAAGCGUUUUCAGCCCUGCAGGGAAAUCACACCCAGGUCCUGCAGAUCCUGGAGCAUUUGACCCUCCUCUCUACUGGAGAGCUGAUCCCUUACGCCGAAGCCUUGACCGCGAACAUGAACCAGCUGCUCUUCCCCUGCGUCCCUCGGAGAAUCCUUCAGACCGUCAACAGGCUGUGGAUGGCGUUGAACACAGUCAUGCCACGAAGGUUGUGGGUCAUGACCGUCAAUGCCUUGCAGCCAACUAACAAGAUGAUCCGUCAGCAAAAGUACACGCAGAAGGACUUGAUGAUCGACCCUCUCAUUGUGUUACGGUGUGAUCAGCGUGUCCACAGGUGCCCCCCUCUGAUGGAUAUCACCCUCCACAUGCUGAACGGCUACCUACUGGCCUCCAAAGCCUUCUUGAGUGCCCACCUCAAGGAAACGGCCGAUCAGGACAUCCGGCCGUCUCAAAACAAUGUCAUGGGCUUGGAAGCUCCCGAAGUCACCAGGGAAGAACUGAAAAACGCACUGCUGGCAGCCCAGGACAGUGCUGCGGUCCAGAUCCUCUUGGAGAUCUGCUUGCCCAUGGAGGAGGAGAAGCCCCUCGAUGGUGGCUCUGGCCGACUGCUGAAGAGCAACUCAGGGACUGUGGGCUCCAAAAGGCACCCCAAGGAAGAGGAGCAGGAGGAGGACGAGGGGCCCCGGGAAGGAGAGAGCCUUCUGUCCAACCAGCGCGAGGUGCAGUGCCUCAUUUGCUGCCUCUUGCACCAGAUGUUCAUUGCGGACCCCAACAUCGCCAAGUUGGUCCACUUCCAGGGUUACCCGUGUGAGCUGCUUCCCCUGACAGUGGCGGGCAUCCCCUCGAUGCACAUUUGCCUGGACUUCAUCCCGGAGCUGAUUGCUCAACCUGAACUAGAAAAACAGAUUUUUGCCAUCCAGCUGCUCUCCUACCUGUGCAUUCAGUACGCUCUGCCGAAAUCCCUCAGCGUGGCACGUUUAGCCAUCAAUGUGAUGGGGACGCUGCUAACAGUCCUAACCGCAGCCAAACGUUACGCCUUCUUCGUGCCCACCUUGCCUUGCUUGGUGCCCUUCUGCCAAGCUUUCCCUCCCCUCUACGAGGACAUCAUGUCCCUGCUCAUUCAGAUUGGGCACGUCUGUGCCUCCGAUGUGGCCACGGAGACCAGAGACUUCGACCCGAUCAUAACACGUCUCCAACAGCUGAAGGAGAAGCCAAGCGAACGGAGCCGGCUCCUGAAAGAACCCGUUUGUAAAUCCGCAGCAGGACAGACGAAUAGCACGGACCCCAAUGUCCAGCUGUGCCAUUGCAUUGAAAAUACGUUCGUUGAAAUCAUCAACAUGAGCGUCAGUGGCGUUUAAUCCCCUUUCCAAAAUGGCAGGGCUCUUGCUCUACAUUGCCACGUAUCUUAGGGGAUUGUUUGGCUCGGAGCAGGCAAUCCGGUUUCCCACCAGGAAAUAGGGAGAGACGUGAGCAGCCGCGUUCCGCGAAAGCCUCUCCGAUGGUCUGGACGCAGCGCCUUGGAGGAGUCCAAAAAAAGGAUUGAUCCUGGAUCCUUGGAGCUGAAGAUGGGACUGACAUCCGGGUGGAAGGCCUCCUUCCUGGCGUUGGAAAUGGACUUAUUUCCCGUGCAAAGUGCUUUUGGAGGACGAUAUCCAGAGCCAAACAAACAUGCAGGAAAGGCUUUGACUCGGAGCGAGAAACCCAUUGCGGAUCAUCGCUUUCCUGUUUACUCCUCUUUUUUAAUAAUGAUCCCAGGAAGGAUAUUAUAGGAAAAUCUCGAUGCAACAGCUCUUUAUUUUUUUCGGGCCUGAAGUUGCGUAUGAGAGUGACAAAGAAGUUCCUUUUUUUCCAAUCGGAGGAAACACAUCCAUAUAAAGCGGACCUUUUGUAUAACCUUCUAAUUUAGUUCCUUACUCCUGUUUACAUACUGAAUUUGAGUACUGAACUGGGUCAACUUCCUUCAAAAUUAAUCAGAUUUUCAAUAUAUUGUCGAAGGCUUUCAUGGUCAAAA